AUGAAUGGAAUUCCUGACCCUCGACGCAGUUGCAUCUGUGGUGCUACUGUUAAUCUGGCAAUCUCGGUGGUGCUCCGUCAAAGUUCUUUAUCUGUUAACAAGAUAUCUACCCUUCCUGGACCUGACAAUGCUUCUUAUUUCGCUACUCACAAUAAGGAUAUGGCCGCUUUGGGGAGACCAUCCCAAUGCAAUCAAGACUUUUACAGGCCUGUUGCUAACGGGGACCUUUGCAACCAUAUGCGUCUUAACCGGUCAGUUCAUGACGGACAUAAAAUGGCAGUUAACUCCGAGCUCCUAAAAGCGCAAAAUGUUUGCGUGAAUAUGGCACCGGCGCUGAGACUCAGAAUCUCGUGGAUCCUGGUGGGCGUGUACGACAUAGUCCUUCUUCGGUCGUACAUGGAAUUUACUGUGACUUCAGGUCUAAGGUUCUAUGUCUGCCUCAUCGCCCUUGCCUUCACGAAUGGCAGCCUUCCGGACGUUACCGUGUAUCCACUGUGCUAA